GAACACACAAGCUGCGGUUAUUGCUUGUCGGUGAAUUCCACGAGGCCGUGUUCAUUUGCCCGUUUGGUGAUUCCACGUCUUUUCAUAUGGGUACUGUUACACGAAAAUUUCGCUUAGGCAAUAGAUUUGAGCCGAGUCUCUCCUCUCACCAUCCCGUUUUGCUUACUUCUGGAGACGUCCUGUUCUGUGGGAAAGAUGUAGAGGAUUCUAUCACUAUAUCUGCUUUAAGCGCAAAUACCUUUGCUCUUAUCAAGAAAAUAUCUGACGAUGAUAAAGUAACCUGUUUUACUGUUUCCACGGAUGGAAUGAACAUAUUCGUCGCACUGCGAAGCCUCUUUAUCAAAAGGAUAGAUUAUGGAUCUUCGGCUGUAAAAAUCUGGAGGUCGGAACAUCAUCGCCCUGUUCUGCGAAUGUCCGUUAACAAAGAUUGCACACGAUUCGCCACGGGAUCCGGCGACACAUCCAUUCGUCUAUGGCACAUUGGGCCGAAGGAAGGGUUCUCGGCUACUCUGCGACUUCACAAAAGUAUGCCUACACUAAUGCGAUUCCAUCCAGAUUCUCCCCAUCUCUUUUCAUCCGCGCUGGGCGAUUUUGCGGUCGCUGUGUGGGACACUGAGAAUGGCACGAAUGUCGGAUCUCUUGACGGUCACCAGAGCACAGUCACUGACAUAGCUUUUGCUCACAGUGGCUCUUUGCUCGCGACGUGUGCAAGAGAUAAAGUCAUCAUGAUCUGGUCACACCCUCACUUCACUCGAGUUCAAGUCAUUCCAGCUUUCGAAAGCCUGGAUUCCUGUGUAUUUUUGCCUAUUGGUGCGUUAGUGAACCAUCUUGGUGAUGCUGUUUCCACUGAAGAACUGCUGGUUACUGGUGGGCAAUGGGGCUGCCUUCGAAUAUGGCAUCCGACUGAUGGAAAAUGUUUGCUGGAAAUUAAAGGACCGCUUGAUCGUACCCCACUAACACGCGCAGAAAACUUACCAACAUCCCAAACCAGAUAUCAGGUGGAUUACGGAUUACAUUCUAUCGUUAGCCUUCAACUGGUAUAUGUGAAAAGCGUACAGGACGCCUGUGAUAGUGACUGCUAUGAAGGCACUUUCCUACCCAAACUUUCUCUUGUUCGCCAAAGCAAUCAUGUCGAGUUUUACAACCCUCUCAAUGGACGGCUGUUAUCCGAAUAUCUCGGUGACAUCGGUCAAGUUGACCAGCUGUGCGUCGUUGGAAAACUUCACAAUUAUCUCAUUCUUGCUGACUCAUCACCUCACCUGAAGUUGUUCAUAUCUCCUCACGGCCUCAAUGGCACCUCUGUUUCCACUUUGCGCUCGUGGAACUGUCACCUCGUACCUGGAGGACACAGCGAUGUGAUCACUGAUGUGUCUGUUUCACCCAAUGGCGAAUGGUUUGCGACAAGUUCGAAAGAUUUGUCUAUUUGCCUUUGGCACGUAGUGGACAGUGAUUCUAUCGAGGCACCGCCACCUAGCCGCCCGUCUGUACGAGUGCUUCUCGCAGAGCGUUUGGACUCGGCUCAUUCCUCCCAUAUACGCUGCAUUUGUUUUGGCAAAUCAACGAACAUCCUUAUCUCCACCUCAGAUGACAAUGUAUUAAAGAUGUGGAUGGUGAAUACGGACCACACAGUUUGUUCAUUGCCAAAAGGCCAAUCUCCACGCCUGAUCACAGAACGGUCCGUCGCUCACGGAGUUCACAACGCCAGUGUGAACGCCAUAGACAUUUCGUGCAAUGAUCAGCUAGUAGCUACAGCCUCCAGGGACAAGACUGUUAAGAUUUGGGCGAUUGAAAAACGAGUUAUCGAAUGCGUUGGUACCUUGAUCGGUCAUCGCCGCGGUGUAUGGUCAGUUUGUUUUUCCGCCCAUGAAAAGACAUUUGAAGGUCAACAACCGGUUUAUAAGGCUGUGUUUCUUUCAAAUGAACGUCAGAUAUUAUCUUGCGACCAGAAGGGACUCGUUAGAAUAUGGGACGUCUCAAGACCGGGUCCUGGCAAAGGGGAGCCCGAUGCCUACGACACCGGUCGUUCGCACGUGAUAGAAGCACAUGACGGUAGAAUCUGGUCAUUGGCCGUAUGUCCGGGAGAAACUGGCUUUUUUACCGGCGGCGAGGAUGAGACACUAUGUUACUUCCAAGAUGUCACAGAGGAAGUACAAGAAGAGCUAACUAAAAAGCAAGACGAGUUCGUUCAAACGCAACAAUUGCUGGACAAUCUUAUCGCUGCAAAACAGUUCAGUCGUGCUCUUCGGCAUGCUGUGAAACUUGACCAACCGAAGCAAGCAUUGCAGUUGCUCCAGAAUUUGCUCCUGGAUGACGCGGCCGAUUCCAAAACAGACCCUACUAAACAGGGCAAACUUUAUGCAAAACUGAGGAAUGCGCUUGAUGGUUUGUUGACCCCACCUGAAGGCGAGGAAACCAUCGAACCCGUCGAGUUUCUGCCGCAGCGAUUGUUGAAGUAUGCUAUCAACUGGAACACUCGGGCGCGUACUUGCGUUGUAGCUCAGUGCAUUCUGAACUGGGUGCUAACCUCUUUUACUCCAUCACAAUUGAUGCAAUGGCCCGAAAUGCCAAAAACUAUCGAAUCUCUAAAGCCUUACACAGCUCGGCACUAUCAGCGUAUUUCCCGAUUGGAAGAACAGUUGGCUAUACUGGAUUACUUUUGCGAUAUGGCGGACGAAAAUUCAGUAUUGGAGCUUGUGACAGCUAACUCGGACUCCGUAGCUCCAGCUGAUGGCUUGCAUUCCAGCGGCGUUGUUGAUCUGACCUUGGACCAAACGAACGCUUGACUGUCCGAAGACCGCACGCUAACUCAAGGGCUGAUUCUCCGAUCAUUUUUUGUACAAAAUCAAUGUUUGUAAACAAAAUAUACAAGAAUAAAGCUAUCUUUCCCUCAC